AUGCAGUUCACCGUCGCCAUCGUCGCCCUCUUCGCCGGCGUCGCCCUCUCGGCCCCGGUCAUUGAGGAGCGCCAGGUGCCCUACAUCCCUUGCUCCGGCCUGUACGCCUCCUCUCAGUGCUGCGCGACGGACGUCCUCGGCAUCGCCAACCUCGACUGCGGCACGCCGCCCUCCGCGCCGGCCUCGGCGGACGAGUUUAGCGCCGUCUGCUCCGCCAUCGGACAGCGUGCCCGAUGCUGCGUCCUGCCUCUUGUGAGUGGAGUCCAGAAGAUGCCCAAGCUGCCCACGCACACGAUUGCUAAUGUUGUUCGAUAG